UGAUGCGUUGUUCGUGGUGGGAUUCUUAGAAGUUAGAAUCUUCAAGAUCACGAGAAUAUUCUGAGACAAGGAGUAGUAUUUUAGCAAUGCUAGUAAAUCUAUGAAAAAUAGUCUUUCGCCUUAUAGGUCAACAAGUUAAAGUUUAAAUUAAUUAUAAAUGAUAUCACCGUUACUGAUACUGUGAUAGAGAUCUGGAAGCGAAAACUAAUUUAUUUGUUAGUAAUAGUAUAAAAAUCAUAAACGUUAAAAACGAAACUGCUACUAGUACUAGUAGUGGCAUUUCUAUUAGACUAAUACUAGCAAUAGGCCUAAGUAGUGGUAACUAGUUGCGAAACGCGUUUGUGAAUGUGAGUUGUGAUUGUAUUUCUAUUUAUGAACCGUUCCUUGUUUUAUGAGGGUAAUGUGUAGCUGUUUAAAACAGUUUGCACCUUUUUAACUGCCUGCGCAAUUACCUAGCAGUGACAACAAAAUUGUGCUAGAAUUCCUUCCACAAUUCUUCAGUGAGAGGUUGAUUUUGAUGUUCACAUAAUGGCCUCAAGCAUGAAUUAUUAGUUGUAGUAGGAAAAUCCAGUUUGGAAGCAUCACCUAGAGACUGUAGUGUAUUAGCAAAUGUGUAAGAGAAUCACUACAAGAAUAUGUGGGCCCAUUCACAACUCUUACUGCUAGUUUUAUCUGCAGCUUUGGCUGAUGAAGAGUGGUCUAAUAUGUGUACAAGACAAGUACAAUAUUCAGUAUCUACAAGAAAAUCUUACAGCAAGCCAUACCAUAUCAGAACAUAUACUUGGUGUUUUGCUAUUCCACCUAGAUGCUCAAGGUUCAGGAUUGCAUAUACAACUGGAUAUCAGUUGGAACAUGUAACAAAAACAAAAAAGGUGAAUGAAUGCUGUGAAGGGUACAUUCGUGGUGAAAGUGAAGGAAAAUGUAUUCCACAUUGUAAGGACUCUUGUGUGAAUGGAGUUUGUGAAGCACCAGAUACUUGCCUGUGCAGUGAAGGAUGGGGUGGAAAUACCUGUAAUGUUUCUUGCCCAGAUGGAAAAUGGGGUGAACAGUGUAAACGUGACUGCCUUUGUCAGAAUGGUGCUGUUUGUGAUCCUACUACUGGUUCUUGUACAUGUAAACCAGGUUGGAUGGGUAAAUAUUGUGAUAAUCCAUGUCCCACUGGCUUUUUUGGUUUGGGUUGUGAACAGGAAUGUCAAUGUAAGAACAAUGCUACAUGUAAUCAUGUAUCUGGAAGUUGCAAAUGCCCACCGGGUUAUCAAGGAGCAUUAUGUUCUGAGAAAUGUCCUAGUGGUACUCAUGGCGAGGGGUGUGCAAAUCAGUGUGUAUGCCAAAAUAAUGGCACAUGUAAUCACAUCAGUGGAACUUGCAAUUGUCCUUCUGGCUGGAUAGGUGAUGUUUGUGCUAAUCAAUGCCCCAAAGGAUUUUAUGGACAGAACUGUAGUACACGCUGCAAGUGUUAUAAUCAAGCAUCCUGUAACCAUGUAACAGGAAACUGUAUUUGUGAAGCUGGUUACCAUGGAGACUAUUGCCAGGAAGAAUGUUCCAUAGGAUAUUAUGGGCUGAAUUGCUCAGAGAUAUGUGAAUGUAAACAUGGAGCAAGCUGUGAUCCUGUUAGUGGUAACUGCUCUUGCCCAAAAGGUUUCAAAGGCAAAAGUUGUACAGAAAGAGUUUGUCUUGAUGGUUAUUAUGGAUCAGAAUGCAAACAUCAAUGCCACUGUCAGAAAGAAAACAGUCUAUUCUGCCACCCAGCUACAGGAAAAUGUGAAUGUAAACCAGGGUGGACUGGAGAGCUUUGUGAACGACCAUGUUCAUCACCAUUCUAUGGAAAAGGUUGUUUGGAGAGAUGUAAUUGUAAAAAUGAUGCAGCUUGCAAUCCUGUCAGUGGAAAGUGUAGUUGUAGACCUGGAUACACUGGAUCAGAUUGUGGGGAACCAUGCCCAAAAGGAAAAUAUGGAGUAGACUGUGAACAAGACUGUAUUUGUAGCAAUGAUAGUAACUGUUCUCAUGUUACUGGACAAUGUACCUGCCCAUUAGGAAAAACUGGGUUGAAAUGUGAUAGAUCAUGUCCAGAAAGUCAUUAUGGUCAAGACUGCAAACAAAAAUGCAGGUGUAAAAAUGGUGCAGCAUGUGAUCCUGUUACAGGAGCUUGUUUUUGCAAAGCUGGAUAUACAGGAAUAACAUGUGAACAGAAGUGCAAGCAAGGCUAUUUUGGAUUCAAUUGUACGAGUUCUUGUGACUGUGAACUAAGUCAUAUCUCAAGCUGUGACCACAGAACUGGAACAUGUCAUUGUUUGCCACCAUGGACAGGUGCUCGAUGUGAGAGUCAACAUGACCUAACAAUUUUAGAUUCAAAAUAUAACAAGAAAUGUAACUGUGAGAAUAACUCUUAUUGUGAUACUAGCACAGGGAAUUGUUCUUGCCUUCAUGGAUGGACUGGAAGUACCUGUAAUAAAAUAUGCCCACCAGGAUAUUUUGGUCACAAAUGUAUGGAAAGCUGUCCAGAAUGUAAACAUAGCGAACAUACCUGUCAUCAUGUAACAGGUAGUUGCUCUUGUCAGUUAGGUUACACAGGACACCUCUGUAUGAACUCAUGUCCUGAACAUUGGUGGGGGUCUCAAUGUAAGGAAAGGUGUCACUGCAACAAUAAAGGAGAGUGUGAUCCAAUCACAGGUGAAUGCCUCUGUCACUUUGGAUGGAAAGGAAUAGAUUGUUCAACACCCUGUCCAUCUGGAACAUUUGGAUUUAAUUGCACUCAGAAGUGUACUUGUCAGCAUAAUGGUAGGUGCCGUGCUAGUGAUGGGCACUGCUUGUGUUCUCCAGGAUGGAUGGGAUUUAAUUGUUUAAGUGCUUGUACGGAAGGAUUUUAUGGUGAACAUUGCAACCAAAGGUGUAACUGUCCAAAUGAAAACUUCAUUUGUAGCCCAUUUCAAGGUUGUAUAUGUAAGCAGGGGUAUAAUGAAGGAAAUUGUUAUACAGAUUCAAAAGAAGGAAAUCCAAAGAAAUUGAAUGUUGACAACAUGUAUGAAACAACAAAGAUAAUUGUAGCUGUUGUAAUAGUUGUCAUUCUUCUGGUUGUGUUUUUUCUGUUGUUACUGUAUUGUAGGCAUAAACUCAAGAACGUUCAGCCGAAACCUGAUCAUCCUAAGUAUGAAGCCGACCAACAGUUAGGACAGCAACAUUUUGAUAAUCUAGUCUACACCUGCCAAGUAGAUCUUGACAAUGGUACUUCUACAGUUGUGAAUAGUAGCACUGUUACUAAAGUUAAACAGUCUGGGGAUGAUUUAAAUGCAAAUGAUGGUAUGGAAGAUGUAAAGCUUUAUGAUACUUAUCGUGAUGAAGAAGAUAAGGAGUUGAGAACAAAAGGUGCAUGUGCUGAACCACUGUGUAUGGAAAACUCAGCAUCUAAAAAACACAACAUGGAGCCAAAUAUCUAUCAGACUAUAGAGGAAAUUGGACUUUUAAAGGAGCCUUAUUAUGAAGAAAUCAAGGAAAAGUGUGUUGAUGAUGCUCAGUAUGAUCAUCUUGAGUACAAUAGACCCAAGUGUGGACGAGAGCCUCAUUAUCAUUUCAUGGAUGGUAGUAUGAGCAAACCUCGGGCACCAAAAUCAUAAGGGUCAAUUUUGACACGAACGAAAUAUAAUACACAAUCAUGAUGAAAAUUCUUGGUGGGAUUAAUCUUUGAAGUUGCUUUCAUCUCAGCUAUGGUUCAGAGCAAAGCUUAAUUUAAAAAUCUGAUGUGUAUAUGUAUAGUAGACAUCAUGUAUUUGAAGACAUUAUCUGUGGUAUCCUUUUGCUUGUUAUACACACUAUCUGGCAAUUUAUAUAAUCCAGUAAUACUAAAAACUGUCAGAACACCGACAAAGGAAAUUAGUGAAAAAGUUUCAUGAAUUUGAUGAGGAUAGAUAAAAAGGACUUGUCAAAGAAAUUGCCUUAUGGGGUCAAAAAUACAAUAGGAGAUACUAGGCUAAGUGAUUUUAUAAAUCUUGUAUUUUAAACUGAUUAUAUGUUUGAAUAAUGUCUCCAUUGUUUGAAGCACAAUGGAUUAAAUACUUUUAAACUUGAGGAUAAAAAUAAUAUUAAACUUACAAACUAUAGCCCAGAACAUUACUCUGAAAAUUUACAAAAGUAUUGAUCCUUGUUACAGUAUUCUUUAUGUGUGUGUGUGUGUCAGUUUAUACAAGAGUUUGCCAUGGACCACUACUUCAUUACCUACAUUUUGUGGUAAGCACAUUUUUUUAAAUACAAUGAGUGUUGUCUUCUUUUAAUAACACAACAUAGUAUGCUUUCUUAAUCAACAAAAAACAGCACAAGCUGAAAAAUUUUGAAGUUGAUAGUUUGCUGUAUUUAAGCAUAGUAUGAAGUAAUGUAUUAGAUAAUGGAAAGGUACAAAAUAUGACUGCAGCUUAGAGAGAAAUGAAGAUUUUCACCUAUGAUCUCAAACAAAAUAAAUUGACCAUAAUUUGUUUAUUAGCAAGAACUACUUAUGUAUAAAACUGAUGUAGCAUUCUUCAUACAUUUUCUAGGUAUGUGUCACUCAAACUGUGAAUGAAUUAAGUGAAAAAUAUAUUCAUUGAAAGUAAUUCAAUGAAUUAAUUUUUAACUGAUUUUCACUUGUUUGAUACAAA